UCGGGCCCCGGAUGAGGAAGUGCGGGAGGACCAUAGAGACGGAGAGGCGGUAGUGGACGGAGCGCCCCCGGGCUCUCGGCUCCGUAGGCUCAGGUAGAGUUGGCGGCGAUCGAGCUGCGUCUGCAGAGCCCAAUCUGGAGGGGCAAGCGCAGGCGGCGGAGCAGGUCUCAGGGUCAAGGUCGAUGUCAUUGUCCAUACUGUAUGUGUUUCGUGGAUUAAAAUGGAAAAGCUACUGGCCAGGAAAUCCUGAUCCUGAAUAUGUGGUGAACCUUUGAUGUAAAAGACUUGACUCCGUAAUCUACAUCUGCCCUAAUGCUGUCAUCUGGAGUAGAGACUCGGCCAGUUCUACAUGAUUCCUCCAUGUCUGCUGUGGUACAGGAAUUAUACUCUGAACUCCCAGUAAGUGUCUCCAAAGAGCUUCCUGCUGACCCUGAGCCAAGUGUGAUUCCAGAUAUAAAACCUGGAGCCUCAAGCUCUCUUGUAAGUCAGAGUAGAGCCUUGCCCUUGGAGCUGCAGAGGACCCAUGCAGAAAGUUGUUGUGAAGAAACCUCUGAGAUCUUGGAUAAUCGGGGUGAGCCUAGGUGGUAUGGACUAGUGGACCCCACUACAGGAGAUUCUAUGGCUUCUGAGAUCUCUAAUAGGGCAGAGAAAACCAAAAGCAUGGAGCUAAAGGUCUUCAGAGAUCAAGGGGACCAGGCAGAAGUAAACAAAGACCCUUGUGAGGGAGGGAAGAAAGACCCAUGUCCACAUUCCACAGCUGCUGAAGAAAAGAUCAUCCCAAGUCAGGGGGACCUCCAGAUGAAGUCAAGCAAAGAACUUACAUGUAUGGGCCUCCCUGAAGAUUUUCUAAGGGACAGAGAAGGAAAUGUACAGUUUACACCCGAAAUUCUAUCAAAAUCCCCUGAAGAUGUUCAAGGUAUGAAGGUCAGUGGGACUAAGGUGGAUAAUAAUAAUGAAGGACACAAGAACGGCAAUGUGAGUAAAGAUCUCUUAGCUGGGUCCAGUGACUACCCAGAAGCAGAAGAAAUCACAAACAGUGGCAAGAUUUCAGAAACCAGAACAUUAGUUUCCCUAGAGCCUUUAACUUCUGUUGAUCCGGGAUCAACAGAAGCAACUCCUAAAGAAAAAGAAUGUGGAAAAUUACAAACUUGUCCUUCUUGGUUGUCAUUAUUAUCAGGGACCAGUGCCAUUUCCCAAAUGGACAGUGGGAAAGAAGAACUGUGUAAAUCAAACCUGUUCUGUGAAGCAGAUGACAAUCACGAACAGAUUCUUGGCCACCGUAAUGAAAAACACAAUUCUGCAUUCGACAGUUCUGAAGCCAUGGGAAAUGUAGAUGCCAUAAAACCCUUGGAAGAAAAUUCUAAAAUUUUGUAUCUCAUACCAUGUUUGUCUGAUCCUGAAUCCAGUAUAACAUCCUUAGGAAAGUGUGGUUUGCGGAAGAGAUCUGCUGAAAAGACAGACAAUUUCUAUUUUGAUAAGAGUGAUACAAGCAAGAACUUGCCUUCUAGAGAAGAAAAUGAAGAACAGUCUUUGAAUCCCAAGAGUGAAAGAGCAGAACUCUUGUUUAUUAAUGCUAGACAACCAGAAAAGGAUUCCAGUGGAUAUUGUUCUGGUAAAAAAGAAAAUAUUGAUUCCCCAAAAGGAAAUGUCUGCAUUCAAAGCAGUAACCAUGCAGAGAGCUCUAGUUCUUUAAUGUCCAAUUCUUUAACUGAAGCCAUGGAAAUAAUGUUUAAAAAAGACGAUUUGAAAAUCACUUUAGACAUUCAGGGUAAGUUGACAGACCCUGAGGACCAUAAAGAAAUUGUUAUUAACAUGAGCCAUUUGGGUGGACACUCUGAAGAAAGCAGUUUUUCCUCUGUGGUGCAGAAUGAAGAGCCAGAACAGACAACCAUUUUAGAGCCCAAUACAUUAAAUGAAAAGAUUUACAGUAAGGACUCUAACUCCUUAGUCAGCUUACAGAGAAAUCUGGACGGUGAUACUCAGUUAAAUGAAACAUCAUGUAAUGAUUUUCUGUCUGAAAGAAAAUUCUUUGUUAGUUUAAUGCCAGAAGAUCAGAUAAGUUCUAUGCCUAAAGAGGUAUCAAAAUCUGAGGAAAAUGCUGCUCAAUUACCACCAUCUCCAGAAUUGAAUUCUAGAUCUGAGUCAGAAAAACCUAUAGAGACCUCACAUGAUAAUAUUCCAUGUUUAGAUGAACAGAGCAUUGCCCAUGAAAUGAGUGAACUUUCUUGUACCAGUGAACUAAUUGUAAAUAAAGUAGAAUGUGAAUGUGUUUUAAAUCAAGUGUCCCUUAAUUCUCAAGAUCAUGUGAAUUUGCCAAGUGAUUCCCCACUACAUAUAAACAGAAAGAUGCCUUUAGCAACAAGCAAAAAUGCCCCACAGAGCCAUCAUCCUCCAUUAGCAGAAGGAGCAGAUGUCAUUGCUGAUGCUCAAACCAUUUCCACUAAGACAAAAGUGAAAGACAUCUCUCCAGUAGGUGACAUAACCUGCGGUGCCUCUUCAAACAGCCCCACUUUAAAUACCACACCGGAAAGCCUAGAAAGAAAAAGAGAAAUGACUGAUUCAAGAAUAGAUCUACAUUCCAGUUUCCCCUCAAGUACAAAAGAAGCAGCUGGCUUUCCUCUAGAAGUCACAGUCACAGAAUGUCAAAAUGUUCGUUCUCAGGAUCUCUCCAGCUGUCACUGUGUAAGAAAAAAUGCACCAGAAGAAAACUUGUGUUCUGCUUGUGUUGCUUUUGAGCCCAGCGAAAGCAUCCUGAAAGUCAGUGACUCUUCAGGAAUAAAAUGUGACAAUGCAUUUCAACAUAGUGAUCACCACUCCCAAGAAAUACAAGAGUCCAUGGAAAAUAACCGUAAAGUGAGUUGUAUGCCACAGGAGAGCAAAGUUGAUGGGAGAGGAACUGAAGGCAGCUAUACAGAAGGUACGAUUAGAAAUGAAAUGACAGCUGGUAUCUCCGAUAGUGGAACUUCAGAUGCAACCAUUCACAUCACUGGUCACAAUGAGGAAGAGCUAGAUGGAAAGGAAUUGGAUAUACCUGAAGAGACUGUGUUUCGUAAAUAUAACAUCUCUGAUUGUUCUACACAAAAACUAAACCAAUCUGCAAACAUUCCAAGUCCUAAAGCAUUGUCUCCUACUUUUAUGUUCCCUAGUUUUAAAAACAUGAAACAAGCAGUUGAAACUCUUGACCAGAAGGCAGAUGAAGUCCUUGACUGCCAGAAUAACCAAAACAGACCAGAUCAAUAUAGAAUUGAUGAUAAACUAGUUAAGGAGACACAAAAUAGUGACCAGAGAAAGACCAUCACAGAGGACAAAAGAGAGGUAAGCCACAAUGAAAAGGAUCCAGGAGUCAGUUUAGGCAGUAGUAACUCGGUGUCUUGUAGUAGUUCAAAGAAAGAUUAUUCCAAAAGAGCUGUUGAAGAUAUUUCUGGUUCUGAAGAGUUCCCAGAUGAUGUAAUAAACAUUGUCUGUGCAGACCAUAGUAAAAAGCCUAUGGAACAUGUGCUGAGCAUGAAAGUAUCUAGUGUACUUGAUUGUGGUGUAUGGCAAGAUAGACUAGCAUUACACAAAACCUUAAGGAGUACCUCAACUCAGAGAGAUGAGCUAAAUGCUGAAUUUAUAAGAAAAACUGACAAGGACUUAGAUCUCUCAAAUGUUGCUAACUCUACAGUGGGAUCCCUUGAAGUGAAAAAAUCAAGUGAGGAUAAAUUAUACAAGUCUUUAAAAGACUGUAAAAUGGAAGAAUGUCUAGAAUCCUGUGCCCAUGAGAUGGAGUCUGUUGCAGAUCAUGAACCAAAUAGAAGAAUAAUGGACAAAGUAAACAUGUCUUUAAAUUAUAUUCAUCAUGAACACCAAGGUAAAGGCACACGUCUGAGAGAAAUACAAACAAUGACCAAAGGAUCAAAACUAGAAGAAAUGAAUUCUGAGUUUGGCAAGGAACAAACUUUUGGAAUUUCUUCAGAAGACUUAGUGUCUUCUAGAUGUCAAGAUGAGAACUCUGUUCCCUCAGGGAUGCUUGAAUCCAUUGAAAUAAAGCCUUUGUGUUUGUCUUCUCAAGGAAAUUCAGAAACUGAUAUUAAGGGUGAAGAAACUGACCUGAAAUCUCUCUUUAAACCAAAGGGUGGUGAAGUUGUUUGUGAAAAUACAAAGGACUGCACAGUCCUGCCUAAGAUGAAGGUAGAAUUACCAAGGGAUGUGAGUAAUCCUAGUGAAGGACACAUCAGUGUGAAAAAGAAUGUUUGCAAAGCUUGUCACCCUCAAGAGAAUUCCACUGACAAACAUUUAUCUUUGAUCAUGGAAACAGCAACUAAAGCAAAUGAAGAAGAAGAAACCGAAGGACAUCAGAACAGACCCCUAGAUCAUUUAACUGUUGAGAAAGAACUUGAGGAGACGAUUGCCAGAAAAGGAAGUGAGGGUUAUCACUUGAACAAGACUUCUCAGGACCUCUUGAAAUGCCAGAGGAUCCAUGGUGAUCCUGCAAAACAGCAAAGCCAGAAACUUUUGGACUGUGUGUUGCUGAAGGAAGAGGAACAUGUGUGUCAUAAAGGAGCACAGAUAGUAUUGGAACAAUGUAGACCAUCUAAUAUGUUGUCAGAUGAGGUGCAGACAAAGUACCAUACAAAGGCUGAUAAAUAUGAGUCCAUUAUGAGGAAAGAAAUCACUCUAGCAAAAGCAGCGACGGGCGACAUUGCUGGUCCAUUUCAGAAGAUAGAAGACCCAAAGAAGGAAAGCUUUUGUUGUCCAAUAAAGGAAGACACUGAGUUGUGCACAGUUCCUUGCCUUCCUGGUGCUCCUCAGAAAGCACAAGACCCUGACUCCGCUGCGUGUGAUCCAGUACAUGGUGCCUUUGUGAGUACUUACCAUCAGAAGAGCAUGCCUCCCUUAAAGAAGCAGCCCCAUCGAGCAUGUAAGAGAGUUUCCUAUCAGGAGCCAGUCAGCAUAGGGAGGAAAUUAAAUAAAAUAAAAAAUUCUGCCUUUGGAAAGAGUUCAUUUGAUCCCAUACCCACAAAAGCACACAGACUUCUCAGCUCAUGUUCUGCAUCUGUGCCCACCCAGUUGGAACCCCAAACAGUACCUUCCAGGAGCUUGCUUAGCCACAUACCAAAGCAGAGGAUUACUUCAUGCCAUCCUUUGAGAAACCUGAAUUUUAAGAAGUCUACCAAAGAAUCAGCCUUAUUAAACAAGCUCUCUAUCCUUGCCUCCAAACUAGCUCCAGCCACAAAGACCCAGAAACUCAGAUAUCGGCGAUGUUCCUCUGCACUUCCUCCAGUGGCCAAAGGCUACAGGCGCCUCAGAUAUAAAAGGCUCCUAGAUGGAUUUUCAUAUAAUGCAAUGCAGCUGGAUCCAUACUUGGCAGGUAGUGGAUGGGCUAAGAGGCCUAAUAGUAAGCCUUUGGCACUUUAUUCUCUCGAAGCCAUCAAGAUGAGCUUCAUAGAUUUGAGCAACAAGAUGCCAUCACUGCUUUUUGGUUCUGAAAUCGUCCCAGUUUCCUUUCAUGUGAAAUUAGCCUCUGAUUGCAUGACCGAGUUCUCGAGGAUUUUUCCUGAGCACUGUGCUCCAGCAAGGCUUGCCUUAGAAGAGGCCUCCCAGUGCCCAUCUCAACCACCCAAGUGGACUUUUUCUUUCUUUUUGUCCCAUGGUUGCCCUGGGAUGGCCACAUUCAGGGAAGACACUGGCCACUAUAGUCAGACACACACUCAGGCUCCUCAACAGACUCCAGCUCCUCUUCAAGACUGUGGAGGCACCUCCAUAGUCCAGACCAGAGCAAACUGCUCUGUUCUUGGCCUUCACACGCUUCUAGCACUUUGUUCCCCAGGAUGUUACCGAAUCUGGACAAAGAAACGGAGCUUUUCCAGUCACAUGCCUACCAUGCAGAGGUUCUUCGUGGCCCAGUUUACACAGGGCUUAAAGGGAUUAAGGUCUCCAGCCUCCAUAGCAAACAAGAUCUUCUGUUCUCUGCCCUACUCAGUGGGCAGAGUGUUGUCUAUUUGGAGCCAGCAUGGGCCUUCUUCCUGCUCCUUCGAAAUUUCUGCUCAUCAUUCCAUUCACAGCAAGCAGCAGCCAAGUGUGGACACCACAAGCAGCCACACCGUUUUACCAUAUGUGCCUCUUCCGGGCUUGGAAACCACAUAUAGAACCAGUGGCAGUCAGAUGAGGCUGGAGCCUGCUUUCCCUACCUUGGUACCAAAGUCUUGCUUAGUAACAGAACCAGCUGUCAGCAAUCUCCUGCUUUCAACCUCUGAGUUCCAAGUCCCUGGGUUUGAUGAACUGGAUGGUGUGACAGCAGCAUGCCCCCGACCGCAGAGCAGCUCUCCAGAACAGAAAGAGCAGGCUGAGCCAGAGAAGAGGCCAAAGAAAGUCUCUCAGAUUCGCAUCCGGAAAACCAUUCCUAAACCAGAUCCUAAUCUUACCCCAAUGGGGCUUCCCCGCCCCAAAAGAUUAAAGAAAAAAGAAUUUAGUUUAGAAGAAAUAUAUACCAACAAAAAUUAUAAGUCCCCUCCUGCAAAUAGGUGUUUAGAGACCAUCUUUGAGGAACCCAAGGAACGAAAUGGUACACUAAUCUCAGUCAGCCAACAGAAAAGAAAGCGAGUUCUAGAAUUUCAGGAUUUUACAGUCCCGCGAAAGAGGAGAGCUCGAGAAACUGAUGGAACUGGAAACCUUCUUUGCCAAAGAAGAGGAACAGGAGUAGUCAUCAGGCUGUUGAGAAGCAAUUUGGUUGGAGCUCUCAAUCUUGGAUCUUUCCAGACCUCCCUGAAAGAGGUUGCCUAAUUUUGCCCUAUUCCCAAACUACUCAAGAUGCCCAGUCCAAGAAUUUUUACCUAUUUCAAGGUGCAGCCUUUGAGGGAACUGGUGAUGGAGGGUCCUGUGUUUCUCCUGCUGAGUACUGAACCUCAGGAAUGCUCUCUCCCCUGGAAAUGGUCCCGAGUAAUGUCCGGCCGCCUCUUCUCUAUCUCUGCCAUCCACAGGAGGAAGAAGCCACGUAUCUUACGCAACACUAAAAUUCCAAGGACUCACAGCAUUUGCGCGUCCACACGAAAGUUCUGCUUUGUUUACGGUGGUGCUAGACCAAGAUUACUUAGAAACAUGGUCCAGGGAAGGGGACCUGACGUCCUGUCCUGUGUGGAAUAACCAGCUCGUUUUGGUAGUGGGGGGAGAAAAAUGAGCUGUUGUAUUUUCUAAUUCUGUGAGUCUGUCUGCCCGGAACUGUUAAUGUGAGUGUGUGUGUGGCUUUUCCCCAUUGUUUUCUCCCCUCUGUGACUAUGGGUCACUAGUGCCAGAGGAGCCCAUCCAGGCCCCAAAGUAAGUUGCACUUUCUAAUGUUGUGAUGUUGAUUAUUUUCAUUUUAUUUCUUUUUUCUCUGCGUGUGUGUGUGUGUGUGUGUGUGUGUGUGUGU